ACACUGGCCAGAAAAAAACCAGGGAUGCAAUUUGCAGGCGGUUCUUCUGGCCUGGUAUGACUAAAGACAUCGACAAAUGGGUGUCAGAAUGUGCAAUGUGCCAGUCAGCUCAGCGGCCAAUCAAACAGGAAGUUCAGUAUACUCCUAUAAAGGUUAACAAGAGUGUGUGUGCCAAACUGGGCAUCCUCAGAAGCCUUUGCGCUCCCUACCAUCCACAGACCAAUGGUUUAGUUGAAAACAUGAACUCAACCAUUCAAAAGGCUCUCUGCAAACUUGUGGGAACAAGACCUGACACAUGGGAUGAGUAUUUGGAUCCUGUAAUGUUUGCCCUUCGGACCAAGAAGCAAGCUACAACAAAAUAUUCCCCAUACUUUUUGAUGUUUGGGAGAGAAGCCCGCUAUCCUGUGGAAAUUCCAGAGAACUAUGAGCUGGAUAGCACUGUGGAGGAUGUUGUUGGUGAGGAGAACAUUUCCAAAGCCAUUGAAGAGAUGGAUGACAUCAGAAAAAUAGUUUUGGAGAAUGUCUCCAAAGCACAAAACACAACAAAGAAGCGCCUAAAGUCUUUGGGGAAGAGUAUUGAUUUUGCUGUAGGCGACAUGGUUCUGAGACAGAACAUCAGAAGCCAGCAACGGAAAGGUGGAAAGCUGGAGGCCAACUUCCUUGGGCCCUUUACAAUCAUUGCACUUGCCGGCAAGAGUGCUGAUCUUCAAGGGGAAAAUGGCUCUGUUCAUAAAAAAGUCAGCAUUGACCAUCUGAAACCCUUUAAGCAGUGUGAUGUAAGGGUACCACAAAAGAUUGUAUCCAGUGUAUCCAAUGUAUCCAGUUCCCCAGCAUCUGCUGCUCCGCACAGUUCCCCAGUAUCUGCUGCUCCGCACAGAUCCCCAGCCUUAACCACAGAAGCAUCCGCUGCUCCUCACAGUUCCCCAGCAUCCGCUGCUCCUCACAGUUCCCCAGUAUCUGCUGCUCCGCACAGUUCCCCAGCCUCAACCACAGAAGGAUCUGCUGCUCCAGCUGACACAUGCCCUGCAUCAUCAGAAUCAGCAAAUGAAAACUAUAAAGAAACAGAGAUUGCUAAAUAUGUGAAUGAGGUGUGGUCUGGAAAAUUCCAGAAUGCUUCUGUGAUAUUAUCCAAGAUUGGACCUUACAAGCUAUUUUGCUGGGACAUCGCAAGGCUUGCUCCCAGCCAAGAGCUUGAGAGCGAGGUCAUCAAUGCAUAUCUGACAGUGCUCAUCAAAAAUCACAACAAGAAGAAUGUGGACCAUGCUGCUGUGAUUGACACAUAUGAAAUGAAUCGGAUAUGGACCAAAAAAACCUCAAGACUGAAGAUGGAGCCGUUACAUUACAAGUUCAUACUUGGGAUUAUUAAUGAACACCACCACUGGAUGUUAACGGUAAUUCAUCCAUCAGAGAAAAGGUCUCUGUUCUUGGAUCCUCUGGGAGAAUCCCAUGAAAAGACCAAAAGAUGCCUUGAAGCAACCAGAGCAUUUAUGCGAAAAAGAGGCUGUAACGUGUCCAGGUGGGUGUGUGGCACUCUUCCCCAUGUGAACCAGCAGGAUGGAGUGUCAUGUGGUGUUUUUGUGUUAAAGUUUGCUGAGUGUAUUUUGGAAGGAAAACCUCUUCAGUUUGACAACAGCACAACAGCAAUGAACACCGUGAGGUUCCAGAUUGCAACCACUCUCCUCAAAGAAUCUGAAACACUCAAGAACCUCUGCCAUCACUGUGGCUUCCAAGACACUGACGAUCCACAGUGGAUUGCUUGUGACAACUGCGGCAGAUGGUACCGCCAUGGCUGUGUCAAAAGUCCCCCACUACAAAAAGAGUACUUUUGUGAUGUCUGUGUGUCAUUUCUUUUUUAGUUUCAGGUCCAAGGGACCAAUUCCACAUUCAAAGAAAAAAAAGA